CUUUCCGGAAGGACGGGGCUCAGCGUCCGCGGCUAGGCCGGUGUUCCAGGCACAGGCUGCGGCCGGUGUUCCAGGUCCUUGGCUCAAGACCAGUCUGUGACCGUGCCGACGCUCGGGUGACGACGGAGGGCGCAGCGCGCCACAGGCGGAGGUGCCCGGCCUCGCGGUCGAGGGAGCCGGGGAGCCGCGGUACGUGGCGGCGCCUCCCCCUUGGCCCGAAGCGGAACUGCCGGAGGAGCGGCAACGCUGGCCAGACGAGGUGAACUGGGUCACUUAACUGCCUUCAGGUGAUGAAUCAUCCGCAUAAUUAUCGGAAUUGAAACCCGCAGCCCAUUGUGGUCCGGCUCUGGGAGAGUUGUCGGUGGAUGACUGACUAGGGUGUUCUCGGGGGCCGCCCUGUCCGCUUGCCCCUGCAGCGCGGAACCGGCGCUGCGGCCCAGCGAGAGUCCUCUUGACCGAGCGCUCAGGCUGUGACCGAUUUCUCCAGCGCACGUCUUUGUGCCAGAGGAAGGCUUUCACAUGAAAGUGUCUCUUGGUAACGGCGAAAUGGGCGUCUCUGCCCAUUUGCAGCCUUGCAAGGCAGGAACCACACGCUUUUUUACCAGCAACACUCAUAGCUCGGUGGUUUUGCAAGGCUUUGACCAGCUUAGGAUAGAAGGAUUGCUUUGUGAUGUGACCCUGGUACCCGGGGAUGGAGACGAAAUCUUCCCUGUCCACAGAGCAAUGAUGGCGUCGGCUAGUGAUUACUUCAAGGCCAUGUUCACAGGUGGGAUGAAAGAACAAGAUUUAAUGUGCAUUAAGCUUCAUGGGGUGAACAAAGUCGGUUUGAAGAAAAUCAUUGAUUUUAUUUAUACUGCAAAACUUUCUCUUAAUAUGGACAAUCUGCAGGACACUCUGGAAGCUGCCAGCUUUUUACAGAUUUUACCUGUUUUGGACUUUUGUAAAGUAUUUCUCAUAUCGGGUGUCUCUUUAGAUAAUUGCGUGGAAGUUGGACGAAUUGCUAACACCUACAAUCUUAUUGAAGUGGAUAAAUAUGUCAAUAAUUUCAUCCUGAAGAAUUUUCCUGCAUUGUUGAGUACGGGGGAAUUUCUAAAACUCCCUUUUGAACGCCUGGCUUUUGUGCUUUCCAGUAAUAGUCUUAAGCACUGUUCUGAACUUGAGCUCUUCAAGGCUGCCUGUCGUUGGCUAAGGUUGGAAGACCCUCGCAUGGAUUAUGCUGCAAAAUUAAUGAAGAAUAUUAGAUUUCCACUGAUGACACCGCAGGACCUCAUCAAUUAUGUGCAGACGGUAGAUUUCAUGAGAACAGACAAUACUUGUGUGAAUUUGCUUUUGGAAGCUAGCAAUUACCAAAUGAUGCCCUAUAUGCAGCCAGUGAUGCAGUCAGAUAGAACUUCAAUUAGAUCUGACUCAACACACUUGGUUACAUUAGGAGGUGUUCUGAGGCAGCAGCUGGUUGUCAGCAAAGAAUUGCGGAUGUAUGAUGAAAGGGCACAAGAGUGGAGAUCCUUAGCCCCCAUGGACGCUCCUCGUUACCAGCAUGGCAUUGCUGUUAUUGGAAACUUUCUUUACGUUGUUGGAGGCCAGAGUAAUUAUGAUACAAAAGGAAAAACUGCUGUUGAUACAGUUUUCAGGUUUGAUCCUCGGUAUAAUAAAUGGAUGCAGGUUGCCUCAUUAAAUGAAAAGCGUACAUUCUUCCACCUUAGUGCCCUCAAAGGACAUUUGUAUGCAGUUGGUGGGCGAAGUGCAGCUGGUGAACUGGCCACAGUAGAAUGUUAUAAUCCAAGAAUGAAUGAAUGGAGCUAUGUUGCAAAAAUGAGUGAACCCCACUAUGGUCAUGCUGGAACAGUCUAUGGAGGCUUAAUGUAUAUUUCGGGAGGAAUUACUCAUGACACUUUCCAAAAUGAGCUCAUGUGUUUUGAUCCAGAUACAGACAAAUGGACACAGAAGGCUCCAAUGACAACAGUCAGAGGUCUACACUGUAUGUGCACAGUUGGAGACAAGCUCUAUGUCAUUGGUGGCAAUCAUUUUAGAGGAACAAGUGAUUAUGAUGAUGUUUUAAGCUGUGAAUACUAUUCACCAACCCUUGACCAGUGGACACCAAUUGCUGCUAUGUUAAGAGGUCAGAGUGAUGUUGGAGUUGCUGUUUUUGAAAAUAAAAUCUAUGUCGUAGGUGGAUAUUCUUGGAAUAACCGUUGUAUGGUAGAAAUUGUCCAGAAAUAUGACCCAGAAAAGGAUGAGUGGCAUAAGGUUUUUGACCUUCCAGAGUCACUUGGUGGCAUUCGAGCUUGUACUCUCACAGUUUUUCCACCAGAAGAAAACCCUGGAUCACCUUCUAGAGAGUCACCUCUUUCUGCACCUUCAGAUCAUUCUUAGGACUGAGGUGUAAUAGUGCAUUGUGGAUGAUCUUGUAUUUUAAUUCAUACCUUAAAUGAUUGCUACAGUUAUUAGAUAAAAAGGUAGUUGGUGUUUGUGUUGUCAUAGUCUGUUUAUUAAAUGGUUAACAGAUGCAUUCUGAAAUGUUUGCAACAUAGUCAGAUGUUUUAACUUGUAAGAAAAAGAUAAGUAGAAAAUGUUAGAUGUCUUUUUGUGGUGUUGUGUAAGUUAAAUUGUAGGUGAUUGUAGUACAUUGUAAUUAUGUUCAUUGUGCUUCAAAGUUGAAAGUUUUUAUCUUUGGAAAACUUCAAAGGGAGGCUGCUUGCUUUUACCUAAGGUUAUAAACAAAAAGGUCCUAAAGUAUUUGCUCUCUCCCUUUUUUCAUAGUUUUUUACAUAGUUGCCAAUUCAUCCAGUUGUAUGGGUACAUUCAGAAUAUGUAGUUUCUUAGGCAGGCAGAAGAAAUAAUAGAUGCAGAAAUAUUAAUGGGAAAAAAGUAUAGCCCUAAGUUAGAGUUUUACAUCACUCUGGAAGAAGAUAGAAAAUGCACCUGUAGGCAUACACAUAUACACUGGUACAUCUAUACACAUGUAUCAUUUUAAAAUG